UUUUGGCACAUCUACAUCGAAGAGAGCCACCUUUCAAAACGCAUACAGUAUUUAGUUGGGAAAUUUGUUUUUAAACACACAAACACAAAUACUCCAUAUAUUUUGGAUUUGUAUACCCUUUUAUUAUUAAAUUAAAUGCAUAAAAUUGCUUCCUCCCUUCCCGGCCUCCCCUCCCGGCCCCAAACAAAGGAUGCACAAAAAUCCUUUUAUAUUUUGUCUUAGAGCGAGCUCAACAAAUGACCCCAAAAACCUAAGUAAGGAUCAGCAAAAACCCUAGUUUAUUUAAAUUUUUGCUGUUCACCCUCGCGGUACUCCUCUGCUGUAUUCGUCCCCAAUCUGAUAUAUUAUGGAGGAAAUUGAUCAGAAUCCUACUGAACUUGAACAACAUGAACAUGAAUAUCAGCCUAACAACGGAAUUGAAAAUGAACUUGAAUACCAGCCUGACACUGAACAGGAAUACCAGCCCGACAAUGGACAGGAAUACCAGCCUGAUGGAAAGCAUGAGUACCAGCCUGAGAACGAACAUGAAUACCAACCCGAGAAUGAGCCUGGAUACCAGCCUGAAAAUGAUCAAGAAUAUCAACCUGAAACCGAACAUGAGAAUGAACAAGAAUUUGUGCAUGAGUUUGCACAAGUACCGGAACAGGAGGACAAACAUGAGAUAGAAGAUGAAAUACCAGAGAACUUACGCCCCGAUGAAGAAAAGAACCUUACCAAUGAAACUGUUGAUGGAGGUGGUGACAGAUGGCCGGGCUGGCCUGGAGAGAGCGUUUUCAGGAUGUUGGUGCCUGCACAGAAGGUUGGUAGUAUAAUUGGUCGUAAAGGAGAGUACAUAAAGAAAACAUGUGAAGAGACAAAAGCUCGGAUCAAGAUUCUUGAUGGUCCUCCAGGAACGAGAGAAAGAGCUGUUAUGGUAUCUGCAAAGGAAGAGCCUAAUUCUCCUCUGCCUCCUGCUGUAGAUGGUCUUCUCAGGGUGCACAAACGUGUGGUGGAUGGGCUGGACAAUGAUUCCACUCAUCCACCAGCAGGUGCAGUAGGCAAGGUUUCAACAAGACUUCUUGUACCAGCUGCUCAAGCAGGAAGUUUAAUUGGGAAACAAGGCACAACUGUCAAAUCAAUUCAAGAAGACUCUAAUUGCGUUGUUAGGGUUCUUGGAGCAGAAGAACUACCAGUUUUCGCCCUCCAAGAUGACAGAAUAGUAGAGAUAGUUGGGGAGCCUGCAGGCGUUCAUAAGGCGAUUGAGUUGAUUGCAUCUCAUUUGAGGAAAUUUUUAGUAGAUCGUAGCAUAAUUCCGAUAAUUGAAAUGCAAAUGCAAAUGCCUAAUUCUCAUGUGGAACACAUGCCUCCAGCUCAGCCUUGGGGUCCGCCACCUCAGUCUUUUCCACCUAGUGCACCUUCAGGUCCUGGAUAUGGAGCUAGCCCCCGUUUCAUGCCUCCUCCUAGGCAGUUUGAUAAUUAUUACCCUCCUGUAGACAUGCCGCCUCCAGAAAAACAACCUCAUCAAGGUAUAUCUGCCUAUGGAAGAGAAGCCCCAAUGCAUUCCUCAUCCAGCCAGCCCGCUCCAUCAGUAAUCACUCAGGUUACACAGCAAAUGCAAAUUCCGCUAUCUUAUGCAGAUGCUGUAAUUGGUACACAAGGUGCGAGUAUAAGCUACAUACGUCGGGUUAGUGGUGCCACGGUAACCAUACAAGAAACUAGGGGGGCUCCUGGAGAAAUGACAGUUGAGAUUAGUGGAACUACUUCUCAAGUCCAAACUGCUCAGCAAUUGAUUCAGAAUUUCAUGGCUGAAGCUGCUGCAGGCCAAACGCAAGCUCAACAUGCUUCAUCAGCUGAUUAUAACUCUUAUGCAGCUCAUGCCUCAGUAUACACGUCUCAGCCUCCAAAUCCUAAUCUUUCUGGACAAAGUGGGGGCUAUGGCUCAGUUUAUGGCUCCAAUUACGGCUAUUGAGUUGAGUCACAUCUAAAUAUCUGUUAGUUUUGGAACUAGUAAGCCUAAUAAAUAUUUCUUGAGAGUUGGCAGUUAAUUACUUGUUUACAGAUUUCAAAGUUAAAAUUAGAGAGAUGAAACUUGUAGGCAGUAGGAUUCUGCUAAAGCAAUGGAGCAUGUUAGUUUUUGUUUUCCCUGUAAACUACUCUCUUGGAAGGAACUCAAGCAUCAUGUAUUUAAUUAUUGUAUUGCUGUUUGUAUUUCUGCAGUGUUGGAUAAAACAUGAGACGCUUUUAGUUA